CUGUUCACUGAAGAGCAUGACACUUCAGUGUGAGGCAGUUGAGUUAUUUAUGUCUCCCAGAAGGACACCCAAAACUCAGCCCCCCUACCCACUCCCCCUUCGCCCUCACAUACACACACAAUAACAACACAUCUUCAGGAAAUUAGCCUUUUCUCCUGGUUUAGACACCACAACCUCCCCGCGCAGUUGCAGUGUUUCACCAGUUCACUGAUAGUUAGCUGUAGCUGCUAAUGGCCAACGGUGGCCGUCCAGAUUUAUAAAUAGUUGAGAGGCUGUUUGUUUCAUGCGCCUGACACUCGACACCAAAGGAUCUCGCAGACCCGCGUGGUAGCCCGAGCGCUCAUUCUGUCCCCCGUGGUGGACGCUCUCUCUGGGACAGCUCCUCUAUUUCUGUCUGGUCUCCAGCCCCGAGUUUUGCCGCCUGUCUUCUGCUCAGAUGCUCAAAGACCUAACUACGUAGAGGUUUCUGCGGUGACAGAGCAGGAUCAGAUCAGCAAGACCCUUUUGGGGGGACGGGUCCCUUUGAGGAGGUUACAAAAAGGCCCAAAUUAUGGAUUAUAUAACUGGAAGGAAAGCAACAAAUUCCAGGAUAGUUUGGACAGAGGUCAACUAAAAGGCACAAUGCCUUAGGAGCUGCUGGCUUGACAAAAUCUGGACAGAGGGCCCCAAACCCUGGGGAAGGCAGCCGGCAGACUGUACAAUUUUGAGGUCUAUAUUUGCAUGAAUGACUGAACUACUGAAGUCAGAGUUCUUUGUUAGCAAGUCUGCAUCAUGACCUCUGUUGAGAAGCGCCGCUCAGGCCGAAAGAGUGGCGGGCAUCGAAAGCACAGCGAUGGAGGCUACAGCGACACCUCCAGUGGUGGGUCCUUCCUGGACGAGAACGACCGCGAGGUCAGCAGUCUGACAGACAGAGCAUUCAGGAGUCUCUGCAUCGGAGAUGAGGCCGUUUACAAUGACUCAGACCUCUCUUUGCCUUCGCCAUGCAUGCAGAGGGACAGGCAGAUGGCCCUCAGCCACAGUGGCCAGGACAGGGACAGAGAGAGGGAGGAACUUAAGAGAGCUGCUCAUGAGAACUUCAGCUUCAGGAUGCAGCAGUAUGGACAGAACUGGAUCCACGGAGGAAUGUAUGGGGCCCAGAUGCACGGAGAUCCACAGUGGGACGCCUAUGGGGACAGGACACAGGGGACGAUUUCUGCCACAUUCCAGCACUCCUUUGUGGAAACCUCUCAGCAGGAAAAUUCUCUGAGGGAGGAGCAGCUAUCCUUCCUCAGCAAUGGAGCCACAGAGUUGAGUUCACAGCAACGCAGAAGCCGCUCCAGAGUGUCCUCGCUCAUCAGGGCUUUCAACUCGGAGGGAUACAGGGAUGGAGCAGGAAUGGAUGAUAAACUAAGAGAGUGGAAUGAUGAGACAAGCUGGGAUAAAUCCGCUCUGAUGAGCAUCCAAAGGGAACUUUCUGAAUUCUCUACAUCGUACCAGCAAAAUUUUAACAGUAGCCAUUUCCCCGCCGCUGGCCCUUUUUCAUCUCAAGACACCAACUUCUAUUCGUCUGAAGUAGCUGCAGUGGCUCACAUGUCCCACAAUUCUGCAUCUUCUUUCAUGAGAGCUUCACACAGUACGCACAGCAUGUCCGCACAGGUCAAUUGCAACUCUAACUUCUUUAUACACAGUGAGUUUAGUCCCUUUAAGGUAUGGAGGGACCACAACAGGUUUCCCUUCCAGCGAGGAGAGGUGUCAGGUUUUAUGCACUGUUCAGAGUUCCCUAGAUGGUAUGAGACGCCAAUGUACAAGGAGAUUUCAAUGGACGACCAGGCACAUGCUCCUCAUAGGAGUAUCAGACACCCCAGGGGUAUGGCACCUGUGGUUGCUCCAACUCCUCCACGCUCCACCUCAACAUCCACAAUGCUGCAGAAGGCGUCAGCCGUUGAGAAGCGCUGUGAAUCGGAGUUGGCAGGUCACUUCCCUCACAGGAAGAGGACCCAAAGCCUCGGAUCGAACAGGCUUCCUUCCCACCGCCCAUCAACUGCAUCACCCACCAUCGAGAUGUCACGACGUGUCCGUGACACCAUCAGCUCCGUCAAAGCCCUCCAGCAGAAAAUCAAAAUGAUGACAGAGCAAAAUAUCACAACAGAGUCGAUAACAAGCCAACAGUCAGCAUUUUGUAGCAAUGAUAAUUCAGUGGUGUCGAAUGUUGUUAACAGCAACAUUAGUACAACUCCCUUUAACAUGAACCAGCUUCGCACCCCGACAGUCCACGCACAUCAGGAAGCAGAGACAUUUUUCCAGUCAUAUGCGGCUUCUCCUCAACCAGUGGAGCACGCUCCAGUGCGAGCCGAAAGCAGGGGAGCCACUCCUGACGUUAGGAUGUCCAGCUACAAAUCCCGAGCCACCAGCUUACUCUUCAAUCUCAAAGACAACAGGAAAAGAGUAAAAAGCACCUACAGCCCCACCAAAUUCAAAGGCUUGGAAACACUGGACAAAAACAAACAGCAUCCUAUGCAGGAGCUGCCUAGAGAGACUGUGAUAGACAUCCCUGAUUUUCCAGAUCAGGACAUUCAGUUUACCCAGCUGGAAGAAUCCGGCAGGACUAAUGCUGCUAUUAACCAGUAUCAUGGCUCCGGAUAUUCAAUGCUGAAUUCUCAGCCUGCAACAGCACAUGCAGGCCUAUAUCCAGAAUACAAUUUAAGUGAUUACCAAACAGCUCAGAUGCAAGGUCAGAUGGUUCAUCACUCUGGGUUCAGUGGUUUCAUACCUGAAAAUUACACCGGCAAUCAGCUGGCUAAUGGACAGAAUCUUCAUGAAGAUUUAACAUCGUUUGCUCCCUAUAAGCAAGGCGUGAUAGAUAAUGUUGGAACCUUGGUGGGGGAUGCAUACAGCCUUAAACCGUCUUAUUCUGCUGCAGAAACAUCGAGGCUAAGUGCCGACAACAAUCAAAGCAGAGAAUAUUUAAUAAGGAAAACAAAUACUGAACAACCUUUUAAUGAAACAGUGGGAAGCGUAUUCACAAAGGUGGAGAGAUAUGAGCAGCUCAAAGACAACAGACACAAUUACAAUAAUGCGUCCUCACAGGAUCAGUGGAGACAGACAAACAGCCAGGAUACAGAAAAGCUCAGCCUGAAAGCGGGUGUGUCUCCAUGGAAACAAGAGAUAGCUGCUUUAACGGAAAAGACGAAACAAGAAAAUCAGCCAGGUAUGAGUAAAGAGAUGGAGAAGGUAGAGAUGACUGAGAGUUUUGGUGUUGGAACAUCUUCUAAGAAAAAGCCGGGCUUGGUUAACAGUAACAUUUCAAACCAACCGGCCCCACAUUCGUUUAGUAAUACUGUUGAAAAUCCAGCAUAUUAUGGACUACAGCCACCUUUGGCAUUUAAGGACAAAAAUGUUGCUCAAAAGUAUUCUGGACACAAUGAGAAAGAUGAACAGAAAGAUAAGUAUCUGGCACAGAAUUAUACCGGACUCACCAAUCGAGAACACAGAAGCCAACAUGCUGUUUAUUCUGCAACAGACAAACCUAUUGCCAUGCAAGAAACAAAUCAGAGGAAACAAUAUAUGUCAAUUCCAAAGGUGCAUGAAAUGCAAAGUUUGCAGCCAACAGAAGCUACACAGCAGUUUGAACAAAAUAUUGAGAAAAAAUCUCUACCUAACCCAGACAAUACAUCUGCCACCACCAUGGAAAAUCAGACAAAGGAUAGACAGUUUGCUGAGGUCAAACAGGUCAUGGCAGAACAUAUAAAAGCACAACACGCCCAAGCAGAGCUGGCAAAAGCUCAGCAGCGAGCUCAAGUGGAGCAACCCAAAGCGGAAUUGGCUAGGUUAAUUUUAGCAGGGCAGACUGGUUCAGAGGCAGUCAAAACAGAACAAGCCAAAUCAGAACAGAGCAGAGUAAAAGAAGCCAAAUCAGAAUAUAAUAACGAGGAGAAGAGGAAAGAAGAACAUACACAACAGUUUCAAGAAAUUAAACCAGACUGGGCCAGAGAGGAACAGGCAAGAGCUGAGCACACCCGAGUUCAGAGGGUAACAGAUGAGCCAAGAUAUAUUACAGAGGAAGCAGGAGCCAAGCACACGAGAGAGGAGCAGCGUAAGCAGGUCAAAGUAGAACAAGCUGAAGCAGAGAGGCUAAAAGAAGAACACAUAAAAACUGAACUGGUCAAGACCGAGCAGGCUGCACAAGUAAUAGUAAAGCAAGCAAAAAUUGAACCGGUCACAGGAAAAAGGAUCCAUGCAGAGCACGCUGAGGAAGUUAAAAGAGAGCAGAUGGAGGCCAGACAAAUCGGAACAAAAAAGGUUAACACGAAACAGAUUGAAGCAGAUUGUGGAAAAGGAGAACAGAGAAAAACAGAGCAAAUGAAAGAGCAACAAACAGAAGCUGAAGUUGAGACAAAGCUUGUCGAAGUAGGAAAUGUCAAAGCAGACUGCAUUAAAAUUGAGGAGAUUAGACAAGCAAAAGACGAGGGAGGAUCAGUAGGUAAAGUAAAUGCAGAGCAACUUAAAACACAAAGACAUACGCCCAAAGAGAUCAAACCCGAAGAGAGAAAAGUGGAAUGGGCAAAGUUGGAAAAAAUCAAAGUGGAGGGAGCUAAAGCAGACCUAAUAAAAAUAGAAAGUAUGCAGGAACGCUCAGCUAAACUAACAGCAAAGAUCACAGCCACACAACAGUUCAAAAGUGAGCCAGACAAAGUUGAGCAAGUUAAGACAGAGCUGGCUAAAGCUAAAGCGGAAUUGGCCAAAAUAAAAGAGAAAAUGAGAGGCGAGCAAAUAGAGAAAGUAGGUCAUACAGUCAUAAGAAAAGAGGAGGACACUGCAAUCAGUGCUCCUUUAAAAGUAAAUAUCAAUAAAAAGGAAGAAAACAAAAAGCAGGAACCGGCAGCACAGAUUCAUCCAGAGAAACUAGAGACAGUCACCAGAAACAGCAUCACUCAGACUGACAAAGGAGCUGAGGAGUACGACAAUCUCAGAGAGAAAUAUGGCUUCAACAACGCCGUUUCGACAAACAUAAACAAAGUGUCAGCUACAGGGAAUGUGUCCUCAAAUGAUGCCAUUGAAACACAGACUGUUUCUCUUGAUAGAACUGAGACGGUAAACAAAGAGAAAUCAAAAGAUGAAGGAUCCAUUGCAGCUAACACAGAAAGUAAGGAGGAAGUAGGCAGCUCUAAGGUGAAAGAAAGUCAAUAUGUUUACAGUGAGUCAUCCAAAGAAUUCAAAUUAUCCAGUGCAGAUGAUGUAUCUACGAAAGUACAUAAAAGUGAUAAAGUGAAGAAUGAUACUACUGAAAAGGUAGAAAAAAGUGACCCUGUGAGAAACCCUGACGCUUCACUGCAAAGAGAUUCUGAUUCAGCUAAACCGCUCACAAUUGAACGAAAACCUAAGUCCAUCGAGCUGAAUGUGGGCCCAGCCAAAGAUCUGCAAUUUACCCCUCCCAGAUCACUGUCCCACAAAGAGAAAGCUCAGAGCAAGCAGGAGAUUCUGACUUCCAAGAUUAAAGCUCAUGCUGAAAAGGAGAUUUCAGCUAUUAAAGAAAAGGGUUUUGCUCUACGAGAUGGUUUCAUAUCCAAGAGUUCAUCCAAGUUAUCAGUAGGUAGUGUCCGACAGAAGCCAACAUCACAGGAAGCAAUGAAAAAGAAUGAAAUGUCCAACACUGGUACACCAAAGCACCAGUUGGAGCCUUCAGGAGUGCAGGUGGAACCAGCUAAGCCUGUUUUAAUCUCAAGCUCGGCUACAACACCACUUAAGUCUGUUGCGACCACUAGUCAGUCAGUAGACCAGUCACAGAAACCGGCUCCAAAAAAACAAUUGAAAAACAGCAGUGAUGAACCAGAGCCAACCACAAGCACAAAGCAAACGGGAAGCACAACUGAGGGAAUCGUAAAAAAUCAAACGCAAGAGAAUCAACCCGAGAUGAAGUCAACCAAGCAAAAUAAAGAGCACACUUUCAAGACCGACCAAGGAAAGCAGCAAGCAAAUCAUGGAGAAAUCUCUGUAAAACAAAAAGAGGGACUGAAAGACAAUUUAGACAUCAAUACUGACCUUCUCACCAGAAAGAAACAAAACCCGUCACAAACUACAAGCGUUAAAUCUGAAAUCCCUAAAUCUGUGACAACAGAAAAGGCUGAAAACAAAGAACAAGUUCACGAAGACUCAUCAGCACCUUCAAUAAAUCUUUUCUUAGGUCAAAAAGAGAGAGCUGUAGUCGACGACAGCUUGCAGAUUAUGGGAAUAAUGGUAACUGUACGCGAAAGAAACCUUUCUCCAAGCACUGGUCAGGGAAAUAAUAGCGCUCUAAAACAAAUGAAUGAAACAGAGAGAGGGAGCAGUAAUUCAGGGGUUGAUAAGCAUGAUCCCAACACUGGUCGAGAAGUAGGAGAAGGUAAUAGACCUACAAAUAAGGUUACAGAAGAUCACAUGGAGAUUUGUAUGAAAGGUCCCACUGUAAAUGUACCAGAAGUAUCAAGCUUAGAGACACCAAAGAACAAUACUACUGGGAAUGUCACUGUGAAAAAGACAAAUAUCCUGCAGGAGAGUUCAACUAUAAAUGCAAAACCCCAAAAGAAAACGCAGCCAGAAGCACUGGCUGACAAAGAAGUGCCCUUCACAGUCACUGUACCUGCUAAAAAUAAACUGUCAGCUGAAACUGAAAGAUACAAGGAGGACAUGAAAGCAAGUGAAACAAACAACUUUGCAGAUAAAACGGUAAAAGAAAACUCAAGGGCAGAUGAACUUAAGACUCACACCAAUGAGAAAAAUCCACAAAAAGUGCAAAACAAUGAAAACUUAAUUGUCAAAGUUGUGGACACUGGAAUUAAGAAUAAGAAUGAUGCUUCAGCUCAUGGUGUCAAUCCGUCAGUCAAAGAAGAUAUUACAGCUGUUAAAAAUCAAUCCAAAAUCAGCAACAUACAUGGCACAAGUGCACCUCUAGUGGAAGAAAAGAAACAUGACUCAACAGCGCCAAAAACCUUCAGCAAGGCCAGCCUUUCUAACAAUUUAACUGAGAACAAAAACGCACACGAAUCUCCUAAACUUCAACAUAAGGAGACAAAUAUUGGACUAAAUUAUCAAGCGGACGAUGGUGUGCACAUUGAUAGUAUUGCUGUCAGAGUUGUGCCAGCUGGAACAGAGAAGGACAACAUAAAAAUGGGAGUAAAAUGUCCCAGCAUCACUUUCCCUACAGAUGUGGUGCCAUCAAAUGAGUCAAAACAAGUUGUCUCAUCUAUUCCGGCUGUCUCAAAUAGUAAAAUUCAAACCAAAGACCUCACUCCAGCAAGCAGUGAGACAAAGAAAGACAGUUUGGAAGACAAAUUACGAGUACAACAAGUAUUGUCCAGUGUGAAGAAACUGUCUGAUGCAUUGAAAAACAGCAAUCCACAGAGCAGCACAAAUGCAAACAAUGAGAAUAUUCAAGCUGAACAUGGAAAGUCUGAAAAAGUAAAGAAAAGUGGGAAAUUGCUUGAGGAUUUAAACGUACAACCAGUGCUGGGAGACUACUUUCAAGUACAAGGAGUAACAGAAACAAGCAAUGACCUACAUGGCAAUAGAGGCACUGCAGGAGAUACAACAAAUGGAAGGGAACUUCCAGGGAUACUAUCAAACAAAACAACUAACAGUAAUGAAUCACACAAGGAUGGAAAAAUUGAAGCCUUUGUGUUCAGUGUAGAUCAAGAGAAAAUGAAAACAGCUGAAUUAAGAAUUCAGAGUGACAACCUGAAAGGGAAAACUUGGGAAACAGAAGAAAAGCUGGCUUCAAGACAAGCUGAUGGUUCCACUGAGACAUGGAGUAAUAAUGAACAAACGAAGCCAGGUCAAAGUAAUCCCACCAGAAAACACCACUCAGAGAAUCGAUCCAGUUUAGUAGCAAUUGAAAGACAAAGUUCAGGAAAUUCCCACUCAAAUACGAUUAAAGAAAAACCUGAAGUUAAACCAAAACCAAAAGAAAGGGUGUCCACAAUACCAGAGAUAUCAGCACUGGCAGACUAUGCCAGGUUAAAGGUAAUAGUUUCAGAGGACAGAGACGUGAACUCAGUUCAGGAAUUCCCUCCCAACAAAAGAGAAGGAUUCUUUCCACUAAUACAGUCUCGUCAUAGUAGACGCCCUGUGUUCACCGCUGACCCACAAGAGCCAUCUGUAAAAGAGAAACGUUUGCCAAAUAAGACAGAGUUCAACGCCAAAGCGAACAAAGAGCCAAAAGCACUAGUAUUUCCAAUUACAGAGAAAGAACACCAGAGGACGGGGAUGUUCAAACUGGAUGCCAAGGUGAAUGAAGGUGUGUCAGACAAUGUGGGAAGAAAUCAUAGAGAGAUAAAUAAUUCACCAACAGUUCAGACAGAACAAAUGGGUGGAGGUGGUAACCAAGGACACUCUCAAGUAGAUCAAAGUAUCUGUCAGCCAAACAAUCUGUCUUUGCAAACAACAACCACAGAGGGAUCGACAAAUUCUCUUCCACGUCCAACCAUGGGCCAAAUGCACAACUGGAAAGAAAACAAGUCAUCUCUAAGGAAAAGUGAGAGGACUGAGAAACAAGAUGUAUUCACCGGGGCUAAGACUGAAGGUGAGAAGACAGAUAAACUAAAUAAAGAAAAGCUUGCAACUCAGCAUGAAGAAACCAAAACAAAGCAGUGGGGUAGAAUAAAACAACUGGAGGAAGUGUCCAGGAGUGAAGAGGACAAAAGAGAAGACAUGAGAAUAAAACAGAUGUUAGAGGAGAGUAGAGCUUCUCUGGCUGAAGAAGAGAGGAGAGCUAUCCGUAGAGAAGAGGAGAGGAGGGCAAAAGAGCGUGAGGCCAUAACUAUUAAGAUCAAGGAGAGAAGAGAAAAACAAAAAGAAGCUGAGAGAAAAGCAGAGGAAGAAAGAAAGUCAACGCAGAAAGAAGAAGAGAGAGCUGCUCAAAUAGAAGAGAAUAUGAGAGCAAAGCAAAGGGAAGAAGAAAUGAAAAUAAGAGAAACUGAGAAGAGGAGAAUCAAAAUUGAGGAGGAGAAAGCUGCUCAAGAGGAACAGCAAAGGCGAGCUGUACAAGAUGAGCAGCAAAGGAGAGCUACACAAGAGGAGCAGCAAAGGAGAGUCAUAGAAGAGGAAAAGCAAAGAAGAGCUGCACAAGAGGAAAAGCAAAGGAGAGCCACACUAGAGGAACAGCAAAAGCGAGCUGUACAAGAGGAAAAGCAAAGGAGAGCAGCGCAAGAGGAACAGCAAAGGAGAGCAGAACAAGAGGAACUGCAAAGGAGAGCCGCACUAGAGGAACAGCAAAAGCGAGCUCUACAAGAGGAACAGCAAAGGAGAGCAGCACAAGAGGAACUGCAAAAGAGAGCUGCACUAGAGGAACAGCAAAAGCGAGCUCUACAAGAGGAACAGCAAAGGAGAGCUGCACAAGAGGAACAGCAAAAGCGAGCUCUACAAGAGGAAAAGCAAAGGAGAGCAGCACAAGAGGAGCAGCAAAAGCGAGCUCUACAAGAAGAAAGGCAAAGGAGAGCAGCACAAGAGGAACAGGAAAGGAGAGCUGCACAAGAGGAACAGCAAAGGAGAGCUGCACUAGAGGAACAGCAAAAGCGAGCUCUACAAGAGGAAAGGCAAAGAAGAGCAGCACAAGAGGAACAGCAAAGGAGAGCUGCACAAGAGGAACAGCAAAGGAGAGCAGCACAAGAGGAACAGCAAAGGAGAGCCGCACUAGAGGAACAACAAAAGCAAGCUCUACAAGAGGAAAAGCAAAGAAGGGUAGCAAAAGAACUGCAAAUGAGAGUUGCCAAAGAAGAGCAGGAAAGGAGAGCCAUAGAAGUGGAGCAGCAAAGGAGGGUCAUAGAAGAGGAGCAGCAAAGAGCAGAACAGCAAAAGAGAGCUGCACAAGUGGAGCAACAGAGAGCAGCAAAAGAGGAACAGCAAAGGAGAGCCCUUGAAGAUCAACAGAGAGCUGCAUAUGAAGAGCAGCAAAGAAGAGCUGCAGAAGAGGAGCAGCAAAGGAACGCUGCACAAGAGGAACAGCAAAGGAGAGCUGUAAAGCAAGAGCAGCAAAGGAGGACCGCUCUGAUUGAGGAGCAAAGGAGGGCUAAACAAAUUGAGGAGAAGGUACUUGCUGAUAUUGAGGAGGAAAAUAAAAGAAAGGAGAGAGAAGAGAGAGCUGCUCAUGCUUUAGAAAAGGAGAGGAUGAAGCAGAUCCUUGAACAAGAGGAGAAGGGUGGAAUGCAUAAAAAAGAGGAUUGGAUGAGAACUCAAAAAGAGGAGGCAGGGGAAGGGCAAGAGAAAAGGGACAGGGCUGGAAUACCUAAGGAGAGUAAAGCUGCACUGAAAGAGGAGAAGAGAGCAGUUCAAGAGCGACUGCUCGCUCAAAGAGAGGAUAGGGUCCAGGCUAAAAAGAGAGAAGAAGAAAAGGUAGCAGCUCAGAGGGAAAUGUUGAGAGCAGCACAAAACGAUUCUCUCCAGUAUUAUGCCAUCACCUCAACAGAAUCAGAUAGGAAAUCCAGAGAAAGGCAACUAUGCUCCCCCUCACCUUCCCAACAAAGAAAUCAAUCAGGACUUGAGUCAGCCAGUGACUCAGCAUCCCACCCUAGGUUGUAUAGGCCUCAUGCCCCUGCAUCUCCAGCUCCAUCUCUGCCCCGUUCUAACACUUCCUCUCCUGCUCUAGGAGGCAAGCCCUUAAUGUUCAGGGUGAAGGAUAACACCAUGAAAGGUUCCUCUUUGACCAAGUCAGUCAAGCCACGCUUCCAUAAGAACUAUGGAGACGAUUUUUGGCUGGGUUCACCCACCGACCGGGGGGAGGAAGAGCAGGAUUUUAUGAGACGCAGUGCUGGAACACCUGUCUAUCCUGACACAGGGUUAAACAGGCUUUCUGCUAUCAGUGAGUCCUCCACCUUCCAUUCAACAUCUUCAUCACAAGAUUACUCAACCCCCACCCCUCAUUACAGGCCCUAUUCCAGGAGAAGCAUUGUUCUGGAUGAAGACGACUCCCGCUCUAUUGUCAGCAACAUGUCAGAGGAUGUGGAGAGUUUUGCCACCAGUACAACCGACCUGGCUGACAUACGAGGUCUGUAUGACUAUGACAGACCAGAAUCAGCCUGCAGCUUUAGCAGCGAUGUGUCCCGUUCUUUGGGGAGGCCUCCUGUUGUUCCCCCUAAAAGUGAGAAGGCCUUGCGCAGAGCCAAAAGGUUAGCCACUCGGAGGAUAAAGAAAGAGUUGUCCAAAACUGCAGUAGACAGCCCUGCUGGAGUUGAGAAGGAAGUAUCCAGUGUCCCUUUUUCCUCCUCCUCCACUGAGGUACGGUCCUCCAACCGCCAUGCUGUGGCUUCCCCGCAUUUUUCCCCACCCGUCUCCCUUGCUCACACUCCAGCGCUGGAAUCUAGCUUGCCUUCUUCACAUACAGAGCACCAAUCUUCUCACCGCUCUUUCCACGCUUCCCCUCAUGCCACUGGUCCCAUCUCACUCCCAGCUUCCUCGCAUAAUGCUGCUGCUGCUGCUUCCACCCAUACUGCUCCUAAGAUAGUUGACCAUGUUCCUUCUUCUCCCACUUUCCAUCAUGUCACCCAUCCAGCUCCAGUGACACAGUACCAGGUAGAAUCAAGCUAUCCCCAGUCCUAUCCAGUCACCCAGCGCAAGGUGCUGCAAGAUCUCGGCUCUGGUCAGUAUUUUGUAGUGGACAUGCCCGUUCCAGUGAAAACAAAGACGUUCUUUGAUCCAGAGACUGGAAAGUAUGUUCAGCUGAAUGUGCGCGAGUCUGGUCAGAGUAUCCCGCAACAUAACACCCAACAAACGUUUCCACAGCCCCAGAUGAAGCCUCAACAACAGCCCCUCUCCCAUGCCCAUCCAGCAGGCAAACCCUUUUAUCAAGGCUAUCAUGGUUAUCCCCAAGACUACCAACCUGCACCCCAGAGGUCAUCAGUUCCUGCAACCCUACCCCAGGACCCACAACCUGCCAGGGAGAGCAACAGCUAUGGACAUCCAGCCACUCAAACAGGACAGAUCUCUGAAGGGCAUCGCUACAGCCCAGAGAAAACUCCAUACAUGGACACAGUUAAUGAUAUAGACAAAACACAUAACACAGUUUACAGCACACAUGGCUCACAUGAGUCGUUCCCAGAGUGUGACACAAACAGCCAGCUUGCAGGAAGCUCAGUUUGCGAAAAUGAUAACUCAGCCCACUCACGAUAUCAGCACCGUGAUAUAAUUACCAUGAGUGAACUGGAGGACUUCAUGGAGGUGUCUGACUGGUGAUAACAAAUGCUGGCAUGUUAUGAAUUAGUCAUAAUGUGCACGUGUGUAAAUGACUUUUUCAACUGACAAUUGUCUCACAGUGUUUUGGUUUUUAGUUUUGAAAAGAUCCCUGUGACAUGCUGUUAAUUUGCUGCUGUUGAUGCAUUUAUUGUUUUACAGAGUUCACCAUUCCAUUUGACUUUUGAAUGUGAGAAGCUAAGUUAUAUUUCUUGUGCAAACGGUAUGAUUGGUACCCCAUUGCCUCUAAAACCUAGACGAAUGUCGACCUACAUCAAACAGUGUGACAAAAGGGUUUAGUUGGUUGGAGAAAUAUUUGUUUCUGCUAUAAACACAGACAGGCUUGCUUACGUUUUUUUUCUUCUUCCUCUGCUUGUGAAAUCCUAUUUCUGAUGCAUGAAAUAUUGUGAAACCCAAAGUUUUUUCAGACAGAGUAAAGCAUAGUUUGUGUAUUCAGCCACUGUAUCAGAGUGAACAGACGGUGAUUGUUUCAUUUCAUACGAUGGUUAGCUGUUGUUGUUGUUGUUUUUUUUUAAAGCUGAGAGUCUCUCUCUGUGUUGCUGUGACAUGGACUUAUUCAGACAAUACAAACACUUCAAUCAAAAGAACUAUUUCUCAUGACAAUGCUUGUUUUUCAUGUUACCUUGUAAAGAUAAUUAAACAGAAAUGAAAAAUAAGUAUUAUAAAUG